AUGUUCUCGGAGCGGGCGAACUCGCUGGGCGAGGGCAGCUGUCUUCUUUCGCGGCCAGAACCCGUGGGCCCUGGGGAUGACGGCGAGGAGCGGCUGCAAAGGCGGACGGGAGAGGAGUCGGGCCAGGAGACACCGCUGGCCAUCCCGCAGUCCGACCGUUUCCUUCUGGUCGAUCGCUCCUUCGGCCGCCAGUUCGCCCACCUCUACGCCAGCCGCCUGGUGUUCAUGCGGAGAUUGCUGGAGGCCAGGGCUCAGAGGCAUUGGGGCAAGGACGUGGUCAUUAAGAAGCUCUUUGAGCUUGUGAUUGGUGUCCCUUGCUAUGUGGUGGGUACCCUUUACAAGCAUAUGGAGCUGCGGCCGUCUAUCCUCAAGGAGAUCAGUGAAGAGCAUAACCUGUUGCCCGUGCCUCCUCGCGAGCGUUACGUGGGAUCCUCGGAUGAGCUGAUCCUGGAGGAUGAGCUCCAGCGAGUGUGUCUUGUUGGGAAUCUCCAGCCUGACCUCUUCGUCACCGGUGUUAUUGUGGCAGUGAAAGGAGUUGAAAAAGAGGACGGAAAGUUCCAUGUGGAAGAUUACUGCAUGGCUGACUUGCCGCCACAGACAUCAGCGACCUUGCCAACUCAAGACACGUAUGUGUUGCUCACAUCGGGCAUCGGACUGGGCAGCCGUAACACAGACGCAACGCUGGGCCUACAAAUGCUAGUGGACGUGGCGACUGGGCAGCUGGGGGGACUCGGGGAGCAACGGGCGUCCGCUGGGAUCGCCCGAGUGAUUCUCGCUGGGAAUCUGUUGAGCCAGGACACGCAGAGCAAGGAUUCGCUGAGCAAGGCAAAGUACCUGACCAAAAAGACAAAGGCGGCGAGCGUGGAGGCCAUGAAGGCACUCGAUGAAUUGUUGGUACAGCUCUGCGCGUCUGUGGAUGUGGACGUGAUGCCCGGCGAGUUUGACCCCGCCAACUACAUGAUGCCGCAGCAGCCGCUGCACCGCUGCAUGUUCCCGCGUGCCGCCUCCCACGUCACUUUGCGCCUGGAGACGAACCCAUACGAAGCGAACAUCGCCGGGGUCCGAUUGCUGGGCACGUCUGGCCAGAAUGUGUUGGACAUUUACAAGUACUCGGGCAUGGAGGACCACCUGCAGAUCCUCGAGUGGACCCUGCGAGCCAGCCACAUGGCACCCACAGCGCCAGACACGCUAGGCUGUUAUCCUUUCAAACACAAAGACCCAUUCAUUCUCAACUGCUGUCCAGAUGUUUAUUUCAGCGGCAAUGCUCCCAAGUUCCAAACAAAAACCAUCACAGGACCCCUGGGCCAGAGGGUGCUGCUGGUGUGCGUGCCGGUGUUUUCGACCACCCAGACGGCCUGCCUGCUCAAUCUGCGCACCCUCCAGUGCCAGCCCAUCAGCUUCUCAGCCUUCACGGAGCCGCCCGACGACGACGAUGGAGAGAUGGACGUCGGCAAUUGAUAGGGAAGCCCACUGUAAAAGGCAGGAGGAAUUAAUUGCCACCUGAAAAUAAUAAGCACUCCAAACAAUAGUCGCGUAAGAAUUCACGAGCACCCCCGCCCCUCCCUCCAGUCUCGUUUCGAUUCAAGAAUCAAGAAUGUGUUUUUGUCUUGUUUGUGGUUCAAUUGUUUCUAGAGGUUUUUUUUUUGCAUUGUUGUGUUUUGUUCUGUACGGCCUUGUUAGUUCAGCUGUGUUGCAUAAUCCCUUCCUGCCCAUAAACCUACAUGUAGCAGAAUACAGUUCGCAUUACUUUGCAUCUCUCACAAUACACUGUUACACGCACAUUUCGACGAAUUUAUCCGAAGUGUAAGAAUUGAUUGUAAGCGAUGAAUCGUUAUAGGCAAUUUAAACACUAAAAAAUGUUUACCUUCGAUUUAAAGCUUUCGUUACUGCAGGGAUUCAUCUUCUUGGUUCUUUCGGUAAAGUCACGUAGAAGGGAAAUAAUACAAAUAAACAAAAAAUAAACGAUAAAAUAAAAUUCUCACGACGUUACGUGACUUUACCGAAAGAACCAAGAAGAUGUUUACCUUCACUGAACAUAAGAAGCUCAAGGUUGGUGCAUUUGAAUUCACAAUGCAUAUCGGUGGUGUGUGGCAAUGCCCGGACAUUAGGAAAACUGCUUGGCUUAAGGUUAAUGAGUAUAAAGACCCAGAAUUCCUUUCCAGUAUUAAAGAUUCACCUUUCUCAGUCUUAGAGAUAGCGGCGUAUGCCGUAAUUGAGAUUACAACGCACAUUUUGUCUUUGCUUAGGGCAUUAUAUCACAUUUUUGCCAAGUAGUUCCUUAUGCUGUGCAUGUGCCUAUUAACUUAGUUUUCCAGGGUGAAUUGUAGACCACAGUGAAAUGUGGUAACUCAAUAUAACCUUGCUUCCUUGCUUCAUGGACAGAAUUAAGAUAGGGCCGAGCGUUACCGAUAUCAAGUGGCUGGAGUGAUAAAUGUGCCCUGUUUGUCAGUUUUGUAGAUUAGCAUGCUAGCUUAUCGAGUGAAUUAAUGUGCGGAAACAAAUAAUACUUUCAGGAUACAUUAAAAUUGGAAUCACUGCAGCUAACUCAAUGAAUCACUGCAGGUAACUGAGUUUCUUAAAUUGCUAAGCAUGGUCCGUUUGAGUUAAUUAUUUUUUAUGCUUUUGUUUUCAAGUGAUACCUUUUACUUAGCUGUGCAAGGUGUCGUUGAAAUUUUUACACUUGUUUUGCUAGGGAGGUUUGGAAUUCUUUAUUGACAUAGAUACAUUAAUUUACAAUUCCGUUGCGGGCCAUAUUUUAAUAUUUAAUAUGAGCGAUGCCACCUAUACACAAUGAUGAUAUAUUUCAAAUAAUACCACUGGAUCUCUUACAUUCACAAUAUGGAUUUUUUUUCUAUCAGGUCUUUGUAAACAUUGCCUGCAAGAAUCACCAUUGGGCUCUGUAAAUUAAUGCAGCCGUGAGUUGGAUCAUAUUUGAGCUGUUUAGCUACCCGUGGAUUCAUUUGCAUCUUGGACUUGCCAGAGUUAUUGGACUUGCGUGACAGCCACUGCCUUUUGUGCCCUGAGAGUUUAUUUCACACCGUUUGUCUUUAUCCCUCUGUGUGUGUGUGGUUUUUUCUUGUUUGAGUUUUGCCUCUUUGUGUCGUGCACGCAGGCUUUGUUUAGCCGAGUCACUUCCUCAUGUUGUGCCGUUUACGGAUGCGGUGAAUGGCAUUAUUUUGUUCAAAAAAUGCAGUCAUUUUUUUGUAAUAAACCCUUUACAAGGACGUUGAUGAA